UGUGGGCGGGAACAUCGUUAAAGUUUUAGUCUAGAAUAAUUUUCCUAAUUGAAUGUGCUGUUUCACUAAAGGUUUGUAAGUCUACUAAGGCAUGCGACUGAUCAAUCAGUAGGACCAUUUCUUCUGUGGCCAACUCACCAACAUGUUGCCAUAUAAGUGGCCUCUUGUCAGUUCUUGCCUACUUUAGUAACAGACUAUCAAGAGAUUAAUACAGAUAUCUAAGGAUCCACAGACUCAACUGCACGCCACGAGAAAUUUUGCACACGACCAGACAGACAACUCAAAGGUACAAGAACUUUCAGAAGGAAACACAGAGAAGUUAAGCCAGUUUUUGCAGUUAGAAACGACAGUUUCUUUAUGCAAUUUCACAGUAGAUUCAAGCACCCCAGCGUGCAAAAUAUCAACUAAUGAUGAUAUAUCAUAAUCUGUUUCUUUUGAUGAGCAAAUUGUAAGGCUGAUGAAAUAUCAAGUCAAGCAGAAAUGGUGCUGUCAGAGGACGAAAAGCAGCUCCAGGAAGGCGAGCGAUUUGAGACUGGAGAAGAGACAGGAAGGGAAGUAAAAGAUAAAAUGCCAAGAAGUAAUGACACUGAAGAAGGUUUACUUGAAGAUGACACCACUAAAGUCUACAGCACUGUACAUAGUGGAGAGAAGAUAGUAAAGCAAAUCUUUCAGGUGGACAGUCCUGAGGAAGCAGCAUCAAAAUCAAGUGGUGAAGAUGAGGGGAACAAUGCAACAGUGGAAGAGCCUCAUCUGUCAAAACUGGUUCAUGAUGGACAUGGGAUACAAGCCAUCCCCAGAGAACAAAUUGAAAAAGCCAAUGUUGUAUUUGUCACCCCAAAACCAAUUGAAGAAGAAAUGACAAAGAACCAUCAAGACAAUGAAAAUGAAACAAAAAAUUCAAGAGAAGAGGAUGGCUGUUUAAAGAUUAUAAAAGAAGGCAAUGUCAAUGACUCUUCACAAGAGUCUAUAGGAGUAGGUCCAAUUCAGAACUUUGAAGAUGAUAAAAAGGAAACAACAAACCUUUCUAAAGGAGAGACUGCCAGUGUCAGGGCAUGUGAGAGCAUUGCACUGGGGACAAUUCAUAAUACGGAAAGCCUGGAAAAUAUUCCUGGUGCUUCACAACAAGAGGAAGGUCUUCAAGGAGACUCUGGGUACCUCGCUCCAACAGAAGCUUCUGCAAACAAUGAAGACAAGAAUGCUUCUACUGCCCAAGUGGUUGAGGACAAAAAUGACAACAGGCUAGCUGAGACUACAGAAAACAGUGCAAAGGUAACACCACAAGGGGAGGAAGACUUACAACAGGGAUUGCAGAUAAAUGAAAGCCCAGAAAAUAUUCUUGGUGCUUCAUUGGUAAAACAAAAAGGAGGUCUGCAAGGAGAAGUUGAGAAUCAAUAUUCAACCGAAUCUUCAAUAGAGAACAGAGACGAGGUGACAUCUUCUAUAAAAAAUACAGAAAUCGGUGCAAGGGCAAUAGGAGGUGAAGAAGAAACAGAUCACGCAUUAAAGAAUGAUGAACCAGGAGAGACAGAUCGUGAAGUUGAAAGCCCUGGAGAGGUUUUUGAUACUGCAAAACAAGGGAAUGGUUUGCAGGCUGAUGAUGACAACCUGGUUCCACCAGAAACUUCAAUUAACAAAAGAGAUGAGCUCACAUCUUCUGUCAACACGUUUGGGGACAACCAUGAGAAUAACAGGCUAGCUGAGGCUACAGAAAACAGUGCAAAAACAACACCAGAAGGGGAAGAUUCAGAACCUCCCUCACAGGGAGAUGAAACAGGAGAGAGCAUUGCACUCGAGACAGCACAUGGAGUUGAAAUGCCAAAGGACAUUCCUGAUCUUGCAUUGGUGAAGCAAGACGAAGGACUGCAGGAAGAAUGUGAGAAGAUAACUCCAGAAGCUGAAAUAGAAAAAAGACAUGAGGACACAUCUUAUGUCAAAGUGGUUGAGGACAAAGAUGUCAAUCUAUCUGAGGCUACAGAAAACAGAGUAAAGGCAACACCAGAAGGUCAAGAAGAUUCUGAGCAUGCUUUACAUAAACAUGAAACAAGAGAGAGCACUGCACUCAAGACAGAUCAUGGAGUUGAAAACCCAAAAAACGUUCAUGAUUCUGCAUUGGUGAAGCAAGAGGAAGUACUGCUAGGAGAAGUUGAGAACCGAUACUCAACCGCAUCUUCAAUUGAGAACAGAGAUAAGGAGACAUCUUCCAUCAAAGUGGCUGAAGACAAUGACAAAAAUAACAGGCCAGUUGAAACUACAGAAAACCAUGCGAGGGUAACACAGCAAGGUGAAGAAGAAAGAGAUCAGGUUUUGCUGAAUGAUGAACCAGGAGAGACAGAUCGUGAAGUUGAAAGCCCUGGAGAGGUUCGUGAUACUGUAAAACAAGGGAAUGGUUUGCAGGGAGACGAUGACAAAGUGUUUCCACAAGAAACUUCAAUUAACAAAAGAGAUGAUCUCAUAUCUUCUGUUGGAAUGUAUGGUGACAACCAUGAGAAUAACAGGCUUGCUGAGGCUUUAGAAAACAGUGCAAAAACAACAUCAGAAGGGGAAGAUUCGGAACCUCCCUUAACGAGAGAUGAAACAGCAGAGACCACUACACUUGAGACAAAUCAUGGAGUUGAAGUCCCCAAAAACAUUCCUGAUCCUGCAUUGGUGAAACAAGAGGAAGGAUUGCAGGCAGAAUGUGAGGAGUUGGCUUCAACAGAAGCUGAAAUAGAGAAAGGAGAUGGGGACACAUCUUAUGUCAAAGUGACUGAAGACAACUAUGCCAAUAACAAGCUGGUUGAGGCUACAGAAAAUAGUACAAAAACUACACCAGAAGGUGAAGAAGAUCCUGAAAAGAGCAUUGUACUCGAGACAGCACAUGGAAUUGAAAUCCCAAAGAACAUUUCUGAUCUUGCAUUGGUGAAGCAAGAGGAAGGACUACAGGCAGAAUGUGAGAAGAUAGCAUUACCAGAAGCUGAAAUAGAAAAACGACAUGAGGACACAUCUUGUGUCAAAGUGGUUGAGGACAAAGAUGUCAAUAAUAGUCUAGCUGAGGCUACAGAAAACAGUGCAAAGGCAACACCAGAAGGUCUAGAAGAUUCUCAGCAUGCGUUGCAUGAACAUGAAACAAGAGAGAGCAUUGCACUUGAGACAUAUCAUGGAGUUGAAAGUCCCAAAAACAUUCCUGAUUCUGCAUUGGUGAAACAAGAGGAAGUAUUGCAAGGAGAAGUUGAGAACCAAUAUUCAACUGAAUCUUCAAUUGAGAGCAGAGAUGGGGAGACGUCUUCCAUCAAAGUGGCCAAAGACAAUGAUGAAAAUAACAGACAAGCUGAAACUACAGAGAACCAUGCAAGGGUAGUACAACAAGGUGAUGAAGAAACAGAUCAUGUUUUACAGAAAGAUGAAUCAGGAGAGACAAAUUGUGAGGCUGAAAGGCCUAGAGAGAUUCUUGAUACUGUGAAGCAAUGGAAUUACUUGCAGGAAGAUGAUGACAACCUGGUUCCAGAAACUUCAUGUAACAAAAAAGACGAGCUCACAUCUUCUGUCGAAGUGUUUGGGGACAAGAUUGAGAAUAACGGGCAAGCUGAGGCUAAAGAAAACAGUGAAAAAACAACACCAGAAAGUGAAGAAGAUUCAGGACAUGCCUUACAAAGAGAUGAAACAGGAGAGUGCAUUGCACAUGAGACAAAUCAUGGAGUUGAAGGCCCCAAAAACACUCCUGAUCCCGCAUUGGUGAAACAAAAGGAAGGACUGCAGGCAGAAUGUGAGAAGUUGGCUCCAACAGAAGCUGAAAUAGAGAAAAGACAGGGGUACAUAUCUUAUUCCAAAGUGGCUGAAGACAACAAUGCCAAUAACAAGCUAGCUGAGGAUACCAAAAGAAACACAAAGAUACCAUCAGAAUCUGGAGAAGAUUCGUAUAAGGCACUACUGACAGAUGAACCAGGAGAGACUAUUAGAGGUCUGACCAAUCACAAUGUCGAAGGCCCUGAAAAUAAUCUUGAUUCUUUGUUGGUGAAACAAGGGGAAGGUAUGCAAGGAGAAGGUGAUAACCUGGGUCAGACAAAAACUUCUAUCAAAGUGGCUGAAGACGAAGACAAUAUCAGGCCGAUUGAGACUACAAGGAACAGUAUAAAGGUCAUAUUGAAAGGUGAAGAAGAUUCAGAACACGUCUUGCAGAAAGAUGAUCCACAACAGAAGCCCAUACUGGAGAGAAAUCAUGAUGUUGAAAAACCUGAAGAAAAUCUUGAUAAGUCAUUGGUGAACCAAGAGGAAGACCUCCAGGUACAAGGUGAGCACUUGGUUCCAACAGAAGCCUCAAUGGAGAAUAAAGACGAGGACAUACCUAAUGUCAAAAUGGCUGGACACAAAGCCGAAAACAACAUGCAAGAUGAGGACAGAGAAAACAGUCCAAAGGGAACACCCAAAGUUGAAGAUUCAGAACAUAGUUUGAAUAAAGAUGCACGAGGAGAGAUCAUUGGCUGUGAGGCAGAUCAUGAAAUUGAAAGCCUUGAAAAAAUUGAUAGUAGUCCGUUGGUUAACCAAGAGGUAUUUCUGCAGGGAGAAGGUGAGAACCUGAUUUCAAAGGAAGCUUCAGAGGAGAGAAGAGACGAGGACACAUCUUACAUGAAAAUAGCCAAUUGUAAUGAUAAUGAUGACAAUGAUGGGGUUGCUGCUGAGGCUGCAGACAUUAGUGUGAAGGCAACGACAAAAGGUGAAGAAAAUUUGGAUCAGGUCUUACAGAAAGAUGAACCAGGAAAGCAGCCUGAACAACUUCUAGAUGUAGUAUCUGAAGAUAAGGAGCCAGAAUAUAUACUCGAAAAGAUGGAAAAUACUACCCUCAUGAAAGAGGAAGGAAUCAUUCAGAAUCUUGAAGAAACUUUGGAAGUAGAAAAGAAAGAAGAAACAAAAACUGUGGACGAUAAAAAAGAAAAAGAAGCUGCAAUAGAAAAGGUGUUCAAUACUACUAGUUUCAGCGAAGAAAUUGGAGUACAAAUGGCAGAGGAAAUUCAUAAUAUUCGGGACCGGUCUCCAGAAUUCAAUGAGAAGGAACUGACUAAAGAAAACUCCAUAGAAGAACAGCAAUAUGGGGCAUUAGAGACAGCAGCUUCAAGUACAAACACAGAAAAAUCAGUCAUAGAGAAACCAGCUACUGCAGAACUCCCGUCUUCAUCGGAUGAAAAAGAAACAGUAAAGGAACGCAUAAAGGAAGAAGAAAGUGAUGUUACAGUGUUAAAAGAAGAGGCCGGAGGCACAACUUUGGAGUUCAUAAAACAGACCGAGGCAACAGAGUUGACAGAGAAAGCAAAAGCAGAGAACUUACAGGACUGUGCAGGGCAAAGUAGAGACUUCACUGCUUUGACUACUAUAGAGAACUAUUCUUUUAUGCCUGAGGUGCCUGUGGAAGAGAUUAAUGAAAAGCUUCUGAAGCAAGAAAAAAACACAAUUAUUGAUUCUGACUCUGCAUCUGAAGCAGUUGUGACUGAGGAAGGGUUGAAAGAAACCAAACCAGAUAAAAAAGAGCAUGUCAAAAGCUUUGAUAUUGUUCCUGAAGAGAAGGGCCUAGCAACCUUUGAAACAGGAGUUAGUCUAGACUCUGUAGAUAUUGAGGUGCAAUCAGAGGAAAAUUCAAAGUCAGAAGAGAUUAUGGGCAAGAAGAUUUUAACAGUACCAGAUGAAACUGGAGAAAAAAUUGAGCAUCAAAUGGAAGAUAAAGCUCCUACUGGAGGAAUUGACAAUGAAUUAUCAUUGACCACUAGGGAGACAACUUUAGAUGGCAUAUCAGGAGAUGGCUCUCGAGAUUAUUACAUAAUGCCAUUACAAGAACAUGUGCCCACAGCAACUGCAGUGGGCAAGAUAAUGGAAGAGACUUCGGCAAGAGAUGAAAUUAUAGAUGAAAUUGCAAAAAUUCCUUCAAGUGUGCAAAAAACAGAUGAGAAGUUAAUACAAAAGGAAGAUGAGUCCAUUAAUCCAACAGAUGCUUCUGAACUUUUGUCUUCGGAUGACGGGAAGGACAGUGCGAUUGAAGAACUAAAGCACGCGGAUGCAGAGUUGCACAUGCCCCCAAAGCGACACAUUGAAAAGAACAGCUACGAAACUGAAGAUGUUGAGAUAUCAAAGAGAGGAGAAACAAGUGAUUUAGCAGAUCAAACAGAGGUAUGCAAAUUGGAGUCUUUGGAAGUUGAAAAUCCAUCAGAUGACCCCUCAAAGCCCAUUGCAGUCAGUCCAUAUCAAGGUAGCGAAAAGACUAUCUUGGAACAAGGGGACUUUGUUCAGACUGAAGGAAUCUUAACAGGUGUUCUAGUAGAGAAAGGAACAACUGGCAUGAAAACAAAUGUUUGUAGCCAGGAAUGUGAGCCAACCAACACCAAAAACGAUGAACUAUUGGCAGAAAAGAAUCUUGAAUCGGAUGAUCUGGAUCCAAAGCUAGUUUUCAUCACCGAAUCAGGGCACAAAGAUCCAAGUCAUGAAACACUCCCUAAAACCAACAAGAGCCAAACUGAAGAGAACAACAAUGAUGUUCAGGAUUGGAAUUUUGAAUCAGUUGAACCACAAAUUAAACCACAAGUUCAAGGUAAAACAGAGACAAAAAUGGCAAUGGAGACCAAAUUGAAGGCUGAAGAUCGUAUUAAUGUAUCACAAACUACAAAAGAGACCAUUACAACUCACAUUGUAACUGAAGGGGUGCAUGAGAGAAUUCAGGAAGUUAGUGGAAGUGAAGGCAUCAACGAACAGGCCAUACAUGGAGAGAGUGAGUUGAAGGAAACUCAGAAAGUAUCUGCUGAAGAUUACGCACUUGAGAAGGUGGAAGACUGUGGAACAAAAUCUACUGAUUACCUAGAGGCAACAGACUCCAAUGAGCAGACGGAAACAGUUAAAACAGAUAUCCAAGAACCAACAAGGGAGAAAGAAACAUCUGGUACAAAAGCACUGAAAGAAGAAAAGCUACAAGAUGAGUUCAGUCUUAAGCCUGAAGAUGUCACUACAACAGUAGUUGAAGAUUCAGAAGAAAAGAUCAAAGUGGAAGUUGAUCAGUUUCUUGAAGACAGUGACAAUGCAACUGUGGUACCAACAAAGUCAAUUGUAGGAGAAGUUCCCAUGGAUGACAAAGCUGUCAAGGAAACAAGCUCAGAUGAGAGAUUAGAAACUAUCACAAUUCAGCCUCAUCCACAAACUGAAGAAGUUGGCAGCAAGAAUUUCAGAAUGGAGGCAGUUGAUGGAAGUGAAAGCAUCAAAGAACAGGCCAUAGAACAAGAGAGUCAGUUGAAAGAAAUUUAUGAAGUAUCUACUGAAGAUGACAUACUUAAAAAGAUGGAAGACUAUGGAACAAAAUCCUCCAAUUACCUAGAGGCAAAAGACCCCAAAAAGCAUACAGAAACAAUUCAAGAACCUACAAGGGAGACAGAAGCAUCUGGUACAAAAGCACAAGCAGAAGAAAAGAUACAAGAUGAGGUCAGUCUUAAGCAUGUAGAUGUCUCAAAGACAGAAGCUGAGGAUACAAAAGAAACGAUAAAAGAAAAGAUAGAAGUGGAAGCAGAUAAUUUUCUUGAUAAGAAUGACAAUACAACUAUGGUACCAGCAAAGCCACCCAUACAAGAAGCACACAUGGAUGACAACUCAAAUGAGAGUUUAAAAACUACCACAAUUCAGCCUUGUCCACAGGCUGAAGAAGUUGGCAACAAGAAACUCCAAAUUGAGGAAGUUGAUGGAAGUGAAGGCAUCAAAGAACAGGCCAUACAUGCAGCGAGUGAGUUGAAGGAAACACAUAAAGUAUAUGUUGAAGAUGACAUACUUGAGAAGGUGGAAGACUUUGGAACAAAAUCCUCUGAUUACCAAGAAGAAACAGACUACAAUGAGCAGAUAGAAACACUUAAAGCUGAUAUUAAAGAGACAGCAAGGGAGACAGAAGCAUCAGGUACAAAAGUAUAUGCGGAAGAUGGCAUAGUUGAGAAGGUGGAAGGCUGUGUAAGAAAAUCGUCUGAUGUGAGUGUAGAAACUAUCCCAAUUCAACCUUCACCACAGGCUGAAGAAGUUGGCAGCAAGAAACUCCAAAUUGAGGAAGUUGAUGGAAGUGAAGCCAUCAAAGAACAGGUAAUACAUGUAGAGAGUGAGUUGAAGAAAAUACAAAAAGUAUAUGUUGAAGAUGACAUAGUUGAGAAGGUGGAAGACUUUGGAGCAAAAUCCUCUGACUACCAAGAAGAAAAAGACUCCAGUGAGCAGACAGAAACACUUAAAGCAGAUAUUCAAGAGAAAACAAGGCAGACUGAAGCAUCGGGUACAGAAGUAUAUGUUGAAGAUGACAUAGUUGAGAAGGUGGAAGACUGUGGAAGAAAAUCCUCUAAUUACCUAGAGGAAACAAGCUCCAUUAAACAGACGGAAACAAUUACAGCAAAUACUCAAGAGCUGACGAGGGAGACAGAAGUGUCCGAAACAAAAGCACCAGAAGAAGAAAAGAUACAAGGGGAGGACAAUCUCAAGCCUGUAGAAAUCUCCACAACAGAAGCUGAAUGUACAAAAGAAAUGAUUAAAGAAAAGAUCAAAGUGAAGGCAGAUAAAUUCCUUGAUGGGGAUGACAAUGCAACUGUGGUACCAGCAGAGUCAACCAUACGAGAAGCGCACAUGGAUGAAGAAGUUGGCAAGGAAACUAGAACGGAUGAGAGUGUAGAAACUAUCCCAAUUCAGCUUUGUCCACCGGCUGAAGAAGUUGGCAGCAAGAAACUCCAAAUUGAGGAAGGUGAUAGAAGUGAAGGCAUCAAAGAUCAGGCCACACAUGCAGAGAUUGAGUUGAAGGAAAUACAUAAAGUAUAUGCUGAAGAUGACAUGGUUGAGAAGGUGGAAGACUGUGGAAGAAAAUCCCCUGAUUACCUUGAGGACACAGACUCCAGUGAGCAGACAGAAGCACAUACAACAAAUAUUCAAGAGCCAACAAAGGAGACAAAAGCAUCUAGAAAUAACGCACUGGAAGAUGUAAUGAUACAAGACGAGGUCAGUCUUAAGCAUGUAGAAAUCUCGACAACAGAAGCAAAAGAUACAAACGAAGCGAUUAAAGAAAAGAUGGAGACAGAUAAAUUCCUUGAUGAGGAUGACAAUGUAAAUGCGGUACCAGCAGAGUCAACCAUAAGAGAAGCGCACAUGGAUGAAGAAACUGUCAAGGAAACAAGAUCGGAUGAGAGUGUAGAAACUAUCCCAAUUCAGCCUUGUACACAAGCUGAAGAAGUUGGUAGCAAGAAACUCCAAAUUGAGGAAGUUGAUGUAAGUGAAGGCAUCAAAGAACAGGCCAUACAUGCAGAGAGUGAGUUGAAGGAAAUACAUAAAGUAUAUGCUGAAGAUGACAUACUUGAGAAGGUGAAAGAGUUUGGAACAAAAUCCUCUGAUUACCAAGAAGAAACAAACUCCAAUGAGCAAACAAAAAUAUUUAAAGCAGAUGUUCAAGAGACAACAAGGGAGACAGAAGCAUUAGGUGCAAAAGUAUAUGCUGAAGAUAACAUAGUUGAGAAGGUAGAAGACUCUGGAAGAAAAUCCUCUGAGUACCAAGAGGAAAAAGACUCCAUUAAACAGACAGAAACACUUACAGCAGAUUUUCAAGAGCCAACAAGGGAGACAGAAGCGUCUGAUUCAAAAGCACUUGAAGAAGAAAAGAUACAAGGCGAGAUUAGGCUUAAGCCUGCAGAAAGCUCCACAACAAAAGUUGAAGAUACAAAAGAAAAGAUUGAAGAAAAUAUCAAAGUGGAGGCAGAUAAAUUCAUUGAUGGGGAUGACAAUGCAACUGCGGUACCAACAGAGUCAACCAGACGAGAAGCGCACAUGGAUGACAAAGCUAUCAAGGAAACUAGAUCGGAUGAGAGUGUAGAAACUAUCCCAAUUCAGCCACAUCCACAGGUUGAAGAAGUUGGCAGCAAGAAACUUCAAAUUGAAGAAGUUGAAGGAAGUGAAGGCAUCAAAGAACAUGCCACACAUGCAGAGAGUGAGUUGAAGGAAAUACAUAAAGUAUAUGCUGAAGAUGACAUACUUGAAAAGGUGGAAGAGUUUGGAAAAAAAUCAGCUGAUUACAAAGAAGAAACAGACUCCAGUGAGCUAACAAAAACCCUUAAAGUAGAUGGUCAAGAGACAACAAGGGUGACAGAAGCAUCGGGUUCAACAGUAUUUGCUGAAGAUGACAUUGUUGAGAAGGUGGAAGAUUGUGGAAGAAAAUCCUCUGAUUACCUAAAGGAAAUAGACUCCAAUAAGAAGACAGAAACAUUUAAACCAGAUAUCCAAGAGCCAACAAGGGAGAUAGAAACGUCCGGAAGAAAAGCACCGGAAGAAGGAAAGAUACAAGAUGAGGUCAGUCUUAAACCUAUAGAAAUCUCCACAACAGAAACUGAAGAUACGAAAGAAACAAUUAAAGAAAAUAUCAAAGUGGAGACAGAUAAAUUCCUCAAUGAGGAUGACAAUGCAACUAUGGUACCAACAGAGUCACCCGUACGAGAAGCGCACGUGGAUGAUGAAGCUGUCAAGGAAACUAGAUUGGAUGGGAGUGUAGAAAGUAUCCCAAUUGAGCCUUGUCCACAGCCUGAAGAAGUUAGCAGCAAGAACCUCCAAAUUGAAGAGGUUGAUGGAAGUGAAGGCAUCAAAGAACAGGCCAUACAUGCAGAGAGUGAGUUGAAAGAAAUACAUAAAGUAUAUGCUGAAGAUGACAUACUUGAUAAGGUGGAAGAGUUUGGAAAAAAAUCCCCUGAUUAUCUAGAAGAAACAGAUUCCAGUGGGCAAACAGAAACACUUACAGUAGAUAUUCAAGAGCCAACAAGAGAGACGGAAGCAUCCGGAACAAAAGCACCGGAAGAAGUAACGAUACAAGACAGGGUCAGUCUUAAGCCCAUUGAAAUCUCGACAAUAGAUGCUGAAGAUACAAAAGGAACAAUUAAACAAACUAUCAAAGUGGAGCCAGAUAAAUUCCUUGAUAAGGAUGACAAUAAAACUGCAGUACCAGCAGAGUCAACCAUACGAGAAGCGCACAUGGAUGACGAAGCUGUCAAGGAAACUAGAUCGGAUGAGAGUGUAGAAACUAUCCCAAUUCAGCCUUGUCCACUUAUUGAAGAAGUUGGCAGCAAGAAACCCCAAAUCGAGGAAAUUGAUGUAAGUGAAGGUAUCAAAGGACAGGCCACACAUGCAGAGAGUGAGUUGAAGGAAAUACAUAAAGUAUAUGCUGAAGAUGACAUACUUGAGAAGGUGAAAGACUUUGAAACAAAAUCCUCUGAUUACCAAGAAGAAACAAACUCCAAUGAGCAAACAGAAGUACUUAAAGCAGAUGUUCAAGAGACAACAAGGGAGAUAGAAGCAUCGGGUGCAAAAGUAUGUGCCGAAGAUGACAUAGUUGAGAAGGUAGAAGACUAUGGAAGAAAAUCCUCUGAUUACCUAGCAGAAACAAGCUCCAUUAAGCAGACAGAAACAAUUACAGCAGAUACUCAAGAGCUGACAAGGGAUACAGAAGCAUCCGAAACAAAUCCAUUGGAAGAAGAAAAGAUACAAGGCGAGGUCAGUCUUAAGCCUGCAGAAAUCUCCACAACAGAAGCUGAAGGUACAAGUGAAACGAUUAAAGAAAAGAUCAAAGUGGAUGUAGAUAAAUUCCAUGAUGAGGAUGACAAUGCAACUGCGGUACCAACAGAGUCAACCAUACGAGAAGCGCACAUGGAUGACGAAGCUGUCAAGGAAACUAGAUCGGAUGAGAGUGUAGAAACUAUCCCAAUUCAGCCUUGUCCACUUCUUGAAGAAGUUAGCAGCAAAAAACUCCAAAUUGAGGAAGUUGAUGUAGGUGAAGGCAUAAAAGAACAGGCCACACAUGUAGAGAGUGAGUUGAAGGAAAUACAUAAAGUAUAUGCUGCAGAUGACAUCCUUGAGAAGGUGAAAGACUUUGGAACAAAAUCCUUUGAUUACCAAGAAGAAACAAACUCCAAUGAGCAAAUAGAAGUACUUAAAGCAGAUGUUCAAGAGACAACAAGGGAGAUAGAAGCAUCGGGGGCAAAAGUAUGUGCCGAAGAUGACAUAGUUGAGAAGGUAGAAGACUGUGGAAGAAAAUCCUCCGAUUACCUAGUGGAAACAAGCUCCAUUAAGCGGACAGAAACAAUUACAGCAGAUACUCAAGAGCUAACAAGGGAUACAGAAGCAUCCGAAACAAAUGCAUUGGAAGAAGAAAAGAUACAAGGCGAGGUCAGUCUUAAGCCUGAAGAAAUCUCCACAACAGAAGCUGAAGGUACAAAAGAAACAAUUAAAGCAUGGAUCAAAGUGGAGCCAAAUAUAUUCCUUGAUGAGGUUGACAAUGCAACUGCGGUACCGACAGAGUCAACCAUACGAGAAGCUCACAUGGAUGAUGAAGCUGUCAAGGAAACUAGAUCGGAUGAGAGUGUAGAAACUAUCCCAAUUCAGCCUUGUCUACUUCUUGAAGAAGUUGGCAGCAAGAAACCCCAAAUUGAGGAAGUUGAUGUAAGUGAAGGUAUCAAAGAACAGGCCACACAUGCAGAGAGUGAGUUAAAGGAAAUACAUAAAGUAUAUGUUGAAGAUGACAUACUUGAGAAGGUGAAAGACUUUGAAACAAAAUCCUCUGAUUACCAAGAAGAAACAAACUCCAAUGAGCAAACAGAAGUACUUAAAGCAGAUGUUCAAGAGACAACAAGGGAGAUAGAAGCAUCGGGUGCAAAAGUAUGUGCCGAAGAUGACAUAGUUGAGAAGGUAGAAGACUGUGGAAGAAAAUCCUCUGAUUACCUAGUGGAAACAAGCUCCAUUAAGCAGACAGAAACAAUUAAAGCAGAUACUCAAGAGCUGACAAGGGAUACAGAAGCAUCCGAAACAAAUGCAUUGGAAGAAGAAAAGAUACAAGGCGAGGUCAGUCUUAAGCCUGCAGAAAUCUCCACAACAGAAGCUCCAGGUACAAGUGAAACGAUUAAAGAAAAGAUCAAAGUGGAGGCAAAUAAAUUCCAUGAUGAGGAUGACAAUGCAACUGCGGUACCAAUAGAGUCAAGCAUACGAGAAGUGCACAUGGAUGACGAAGCUGUCAAGGAAACUAGAUCAAAUGAGAGUGUAGAAAAAAUCUCAAUUCAGCCUUGUCCACUUCCUAAAGAAGUUAGCAGCAAGAAACUCCAAAUUGAGGAAGUUGAUGUAAGUGAAGGCAUCAAAGAACAGGCCACACAUGCAAAGAGUGAGUUGAAGGAAAUACAUAAAGUAUAUGCUACAGAUGACAUCCUUGAGAAGGUGAAAGACUUUGGAACAAAAUCCCCUGAUUACCAAGAAGAAACAAACUCCAAUGAGCAAAUAGAAAUAAUUAAAGCAAAUGUUCAAGAGACAACAAGGGAGACAGAAGCAUCGGGUGCAAAAGUAUAUGCCGAAGAUGACAUAGUUGAGAAGGUAGAAGACUGUGGAAGAAAAUCCCCUGUCUACCUAGAGGAAACAAGCUCCAUUAAGCAAACAGAAACAAUUACAGCAAAUACUCAAGAGCUGACAAGGGAGACAGAAGCGUCCGAAACGAAAGCACUGGAAGAAGAAAAGAUACCAGGGGAGGUUAGUCUUAAGCCUGCAGAAAUCUCCACAACCGAAGCUGAAAGUACAAAAGAAACGAUUAAAGAAAAGAUCAGAGUGGAGGCAGAUAAAUUCCUUGAUGAGGGUGACAGUGAAACUACGGUACCAGCAAAGUCUACAAUACGAGAAGCGCACAUGGAUGACGAAGCUGUCAAGGAAACUAGAUCGAAUGAGAGUGUAGAAACUAUCCCAAUUCAGCCUUGUCCACUUCUUGAAGAAGUUGGCAGUAAGAAACUCCAAAUUGAGGAAGUUGAUGUAAGUGAAGGCAUCAAAGAACAGGCCACACAUGCAGAGAGUGAGUUGAAGGAAAUACAUAAAGUAUAUGCUGCAGAUGACAUACUUGAGAAGGUGAAAGACUUCGGAACAAAAUCCUUUAGUUACCAAGAAGAAAUAAACUCCAAUGAGCAAACAGAAAUACUUAAAGCAGAUGUUCAAGAGACAACAAGGGAGACAGAAGCAUCGCGUGCAAAAGUAUGUGCUGACGAUGACAUAGUUGAGAAGGUGACGAACAACUACGUGGAAGACUGUGGAAGAAAAUCCUCUUAUUACCUAGAGGAAACAAGCUUGAUUAAGCAGACAGAAACAAUUACAGCAAAUACUCAAGAGCUGACAAGGGAGACAGAACCGUUUGAAACAAAAGCACUGGAAGAAGAAAAGAUACAAGGGGAGGUAAGUCUUAAGCCUGCAGAAAUCUCCACAACAGAAGCUGAAGGUACAAAAGAAACAAUUAAAGCACGGAUCAAAGUGGAGCCAAAUAUAUUCCUUGAUGAGGUUGACAAUGCAACUGCGGCACCCGUAGAGUCAACCAUACGAGAAGCGCACAUGGAUGACGAAGGUGUCAAGGAAACCAGAUCGGAUGAGAGUGUAGAAACUAUCUCAAUUCAGCCUUGUCCACUUCCUGAAGAAGUUGGCAGCAAGAAACUCCAAAUUGAGGAAGUUGAUGUAAGUGAAGGCAUCAAAGAACAAGCCACACAUGCAGAGAGUGAGUUGAAGGAAAUACAUAAAGUAUAUGCUGAAGAUGACAUACUUGAAAAGGUGAAAGACUUUGGAACAAAAUCCUCUGAUUACCAAGAGGAAACAAACUCCAAUGAGCAAACAGAAAUACUUAAAGCAGAUGUUCAAGAGACAACAAGGGAGACAGAAGCAUUGGGUGCAAAAGUAUAUGCUGAAGAUAACAUAGUUGAGAAGGUAGAAGACUGUGGAAGAAAAUCCUCUGAUUACCUAGAGGAAACAAGCUCCAUUAAGCAAACAGAAACAAUUACAGCAGAUACUCAAGAGCUGACAAGGGAGACAAAAGCGUCCGAAACAAAUGCACUGGAAGAAGAAAAGAUACAAGGCGAGGUCAAUCUUAAGCCUGCAGAAAUCUCCACAACAAAAGCUGAAGGUACAAGAGAAACAAUUAAAGAAAAGAUCGAAGUGAAGGCAGAUAAAUUCCAUGAUGAGGAUGACAAUGCAACUGCGGUACCAACAGAGUCAACCAUACGAGAAGCGCACAUGGAUGACGAAGCUGUCAAGGAAACUAGAUCGGAUGAGAGUGUAGAAAGUAUCCCAAUUCAACCUUGUCCACUUCUUGAAGAAGUUGGCAGCAAGAAACUCCAAAUUGAGGAAGUUGAUGUAAGUGAAGGCAUCAAAGAACAAGCCACACAUGCAGAGAGUGAGUUGGAUGAAAUACAGAAAGUAUAUGCUGAAGAUGACAUACUUGAGAAGGUGAAAGAGUUUGGAACAAAAUCCUCUGAUUACCAAGAGGAAACAAGCUCCAAUGAGCAAGCAGAAAUACUUAAAGCAGAUGUUCAAGAGACAACAAGGGAGACAGAAGCAUCGGGUGCAAAAGUAUAUGCUGAAAAUGACAUAGUUGAGAAGGUAGAAGACUGUGGAAGAAAAUCCUCUGACUACCUAGAGGAAACAAGCUCCAUUAAGCAGACAGAAACAAUUACAGCAAAUACUCAAGAGCUGACAAGGGAGACAGAAGCGUCCAAAACAAAAGCCCCGGACGAAGAAAAGAUACCAAGGGAGGUCAGUUUUAAGCCUACAGAAAUCUCCACAACAAAAGUUGAAAGUACAAAAGAAACUAUUAAAGAAAAGAUCAGAGUGGAGGCAGAUAAAUUCCUUGAUGAGGUUGACAAUGAAACUACGGUACCAGCAGAGUUAACCAUACGAGAAGCGCACAUGGAUGACGAAGCUGUCAAGGAAACUAGAUCAGAUGAGUGUGUAGAAACUAUCCCAAUUCAACCUUGUCCACUUCUUGAAGAAGUUGGCAGAAAGAAACUCCAAAUUGAGGAAGUUGAUGUAAGUGAAGGCAUCAAAGAACAGGCCACACAAGCAAAGAGUAAGUUGAAGGAAAUGCAUAAAGUAUAUGCUGAAGAUGACAUACAUGGGAAGGUGAAAGACUUUGGAAUAAAAUCCUCUGAUUACCAGGUAGAAACAAACUCCAAUGAGCAAACAGAAAUACUUACAGCAGAUGUUCGAGAGACAACAAAGGAGACAGAAGCAUCCGAUGCAAAAGUAUAUGCUGAAUAUGACAUAGUUGAGAAGGUAGAAGACUGUGGGAGAAAAUCCCUUGACUACCUAGAGGAACCAAGCUCCAUUAAGCAGACAGAAACAAUUACAACAGAUACUCAAGAGCUAACAAGGGAGACAGAAGCGUCCAAAACGAAAGCACCGGAAGAAGAAAAGAUACAAGGGGAGGUCAGUCUUAAGCCUGCAGAAAUCUCCACAACAGAAGCUGAAAGUACAAAAGAAACGAUUAAAGAAAAGAUCAAAGUGGAGGCAGAUAAAUUCCUUAAUGAGGAUGACAGUGAAACUGCGGUACUAGCAAAGUCAACAAUACGAGAAGCGUACAUGGAUGACAAAUCUGUCAAGGAAACUAGAUCGGAUGAGAGUGUAGAAACUAUCCCAAUUCGGCCUUGUCCACUUCCUGAAGAACUCGGCUGUCAGAAACUCCAAAGUGAGGAAGUUGAUGUAGGUGAAGGCAUCAAAGAACAGGCCACACAUGCAGAGAGUGAGUUGACGGAAAUACAUAAAGUAUAUGCUGAAGAUGACAUACUUGAGAAGGAGAAAGACUUUGGAACAAAAUCCUCUGAUUACCAUGAGGAAACAAACUCCAAUGAGCAAAAAGAAAUAUUUAAAGCAGAUGUUCAAGAGACAACAAGGGAGACAGAAGCAUCGGGUGCAAAAGUAUAUGCCGAAGAUGACAUAGUUGAGAAGGUGGAAGACUAUGGAAGAAAAUCCUCUGAUUACCUAGAGGAAACAAGCUCCAUUAAGCAGACAGAAACAAUUACAGCAGAUACUCAAGAGUUGACAAGGGAGACAGAAACGUCCGAAAGAAAAGUACCGGAAGAAGAAAAGAUAAAAGGCAAGGUCAGUCUUAAGCCUGCAGAAAUCUCCACAACAGAUGCUGAAGGUACAAAAGAAAUGAUUAAAGAACAAAUCAAAGUGGAGGCAGAUAAAUUCCUUGAUGAGGUUGACAAUGCAACUGCGGUACCCGCAAAGUCAACUAUACGAGAAGCGCACAUGGAUGACGAAGGUGUCAAGAAAGCUAGAUCGGAUGAGAGUGUAGAAACUAUCCCAAUUCAGCCUUGUCCACUUCCUGAAGAAGUUGGUAGUAAGAAACUCCAAAUUGAGGAAGUUGAUGUAAGUGAAGGCAUCAAAGAACAGGCCACACAUGCAGAGAGUGAGUUGAAGGAAAUACAUAAAGUAUAUGCUGAAGAUGACGUACUUGAGAAGUUGAAAGACUUUGGAACAAAAUCCUCUGAUUACCAAGAGGAAACAAAUUCCAAUGAGCAAACAGAAAUACUUAAAGCAGAUGUUCAAGAGACAACAAGGGAGAAAGAAGCAUCGAGUUCAAAAGUAUAUGCUGAAGAUGACAUAAUUGAGAAGGUGGAAGCCUGUGGAAGAAAAUCCUCUGAUUACCUAGUGGAAACAAGCUCCAUUAAGCAGACAAAAACAAUUACAGCAAAUACUCAAGAGCUGACAAGGGAUACAAAAGCAUCCGAAACAAAUGCAUUGGAAGAAGAAAAGAUACAAGGCGAGGUCAGUCUUAAGCCUGCAGAAAUCUCCACAACAGAAGCUGAAGGUACAAGUGAAACGAUUAAAGAAAAGAUCAAAGUGGAGGCAGAUAAAUUCCAUGAUGAGGAUGACAAUGCAACUGCAGUACCAACAGAGUCAACCAUACGAGAAGCGCACAUGGAUGACGAAGUUGUCAAGGAAACUACAUCGGAUGGGAGUGUAGAAACUAUCCCAAUUCAGCCUUGUCCACUAGUUGAAGAAGUUGGCAGCAAAAAACUCCAAAAUGAGGAAGUUGAUGUAAGUGAAGGCAUCAAAGAACAGGCCACACAUGUAGAGAGUGAGUUGAAGGUAAUACAUAAAGUAUAUGCUGAAGAUUACAUACUUGAGAAGGUGGAAGAGUUUGGAAAAAAAUCUGCUGAUUACAAAGAAGAAACAGACCACAGUAAGCUGACAGAAACCCUUAAAGCAGAUGUUCAAGAGACAACAAGGGUGAUAGAAGCAUCAGGUUCAAAAGUAUACGCUAAAGAUGACAUGUUUGAGAAGGUGGAAAACUAUGGAACAAAAUCCUCUGAUUACCUAGAGGAAACAGACUCCAAUAAGCAGACAGUAACAAUUACAGCAGAUAUCCAAGAGACAACAGGGGAGACAGAAUCGUCCGGAAGAAAAGCAUCGGAAGAAAGAAAGAUACAAGAUGAGGUCAGUCUUAAGCCUGUACAAAUCUCCACAACAAAAGCUGAAGAUACAAAAGAAAUGAUUAAAGAAAAUAUCAAAGUGGAGGUAGAUAAAUUCCUCCAUGAGGAUCACAAUGCAACUAUGGUACCAACAAAGUCACCCGUAGGAGAAGCGCACAUGGAUGACGAAGCUGUCAAGGAAACUAGAUCGGAUGAGAGUGUAGAAACUAUCCCAAUUCAGUAUUGUCCACUUUCUAAAGAAGUUGGCAGCAAGAAACUCCAAAUUGAGGAAGUUGAUGUAAGUGAAGGCAUCAAAGAACAGGCCACACAUGCAGAGAGUGAGUUGAAGGAAAUACAUAAAGUAUAUGCUGAAUAUGACAUACUUGAGAAGGUGAAAAACUUUGGAACAAAAUCCUCUGAUUACCUAGAAGAAACAGACUCCAAUGAGCAGAUAGAAACACUUAAAGCAGAUGUUCAAGAGACAACAAGGGAGACAAAAGUGUCCGAAACAAAAGCACUAGAAGAAGGAAAGAUACAAGACAAGGUCAGUCUUGAGCAUGUAGAAAUCUCCACAACAGAAGCUGAAGAUACAAAAGAAAUGAUUAAAGAAAAGAUCAAAGUGGAGGCAGAUAAAUUCCUCGAUGAGGAUGACAAUGCAACUAUGGUACCAGUAGAGUCAACCGUACGAGAAGCGCACAUGGAUGACGAAGCUGUCAAGGAAACUAGAUUGGAUGAGAGUGUAGAAACUAUCCCAAUUCAGCCUUGUCCGCAAGCUGAAGAAGUUGGCAGCAAGAAACUCCAAAUUGAGGAAGUUGAUGGAAGUGAAGGCAUCAAAGAACAGGCCACACAUGCAGAGAGUGAGUUGAAGGAAAUACAUAAAGUAUAUGCUGAAGAUGACAUACUUGAGAAGGUGAAAGACUUUGGAACAAAAUCCUCUGAUUACCAAGAAGAAACAGACACCAAUAAGCAAACAAAAAUACUUAAAGCAGAUGUUCAAGAGACAACAAGGGAUACAAAAGCAUCAGGUGCAAAAGUAUAUGCUGAAUAUGACAUAGUUGAGAAGGUGGAAGACUAUGGAAGAAAAUCCUUUGAUUACCUAGAGGAAACAUGCUCCAUUAAACAGACAGAAACAAUUACAGCAAAUACUCAAGAGCUGACAAUGGAGACAGGAGCAUUUGGUAUAAAAGCACCAGAAGAAGAAAAGAUACAAGACAAAGUCAGUCUUAAGCUUGUAGAUGUCUUGAGAACAGAAGCUGAAGAUACAAAAGAAAUGAUUAAAGAAAAGGUCAAGGUGGAAGCAGAUAAUAUUCUUGAUGAGGAUGACAAUGCAACUAUGGUACCAGCUGAGUCACCCAUACGAGUAGCUCACAUGGAUGACAAAGUUGUCAAGGAAACUAUCUUGGACAAGAGUUUAGAAACUAUCACAAUUCAGCCUUGUCCUCAAGCUGAAGAUUUUGGAAUUGAGGAAGUUGAUGAAAGUGAAGGCAUCAAAGAACAAGCCAUGCAUGGAGAGCGUGAGUUGAAGGAAAGUCAUAGAGUAUCUGCUGAAGAUGACAUACUUCAAAAGGUGGAAGAUUAUGGAACAAAAUCCUCUAAUUACCUAGAGGCAACAAACCCCAGUGAGCAGGCAGCAACAGUUAAAGCAAAUAUCCAAGAGCUGACAAUGGAGACAGAAUUAUCUGGCACAAAAGCACCGGAAGAAGAAAAUAUACAAGAUGAGGUCAGUCUCAAGCCUGCAAAUGUCUCGACAAGAGAAGCUGAAGAUGCAAAAGAAAAGAUUAAAGAAUAUAUUGAAGUGGAAGUAGGUAAGUGUCUAGAUGAGAAUGACAAUGCAACUGCAGUACCAGCAGAAUCACACAUAGGAGAAGCUCAUAUGGACGUCGAAGCUGUCAAGGAAAUUAGCUUGGAUGAGAGUUUAGAAACUAGCACAAUUGAGAACAUAAGAUUAGAGCAAGAGGGUCCCAUGGCUCACAAAAAUGAAGAGAAAGAGAGUGUAACUCCGGUGAAACCAGGUGCAGAUGAAGUCGAGGAUGCCAAAACAAUUCCCAACGCAGUUAUCUGCUCCAAGUACCUUGGUGUUGAAGAAACCCAGGAAACUGGGCAGAGUUUAAGAGUGGAAAAGCUGGAUUCAGAUAGAACUGAGGAGGGAAUCAAAGAAGAUUCUGGAACACUGUCCGAAGCCAAAUAUCUGGGCAUUGAAAUGGUUACCCAAGGUGAAAUGACUUCUGGCCAGACUCUCCCUACAGGGAAUCGGGAAGAGGAAUUUCAAACACUAUCUUCUGCUUUGCUUUCUUUGGAACAGGAGCAUGGACCUAAAUUCAUAGUCAAGGAGGCAGAAGCAAUCAAAAUAAUGGAAGAGGAGAUAAUCGAUGAUAAGAAUAUCGAUGAUUCUUUGGCGAUAAAGGCAACAGAAGAUGCAUGCUUGCAAAAUAAAGAGCAACUUCAAACAUUAUCUUCUGCACUGCUUUCUGAGGAACAGAAGCAUGAAGCUCAAACAGAAUUCAAGAAGACAGAAGAAGAAAGCACAAAGGAAGUGGAGACACUAGAUGACAAGAAUAUGAACAAUUUUUCAGCAAUAAAGGAAUCAGAAGAGAGGGGCUUGGAGCAAGAGGAGCCCAUGGAUCAUGAACAUGUGGAGAAAGAGAGUGCGACUCUGGAGAAACAAGAUACAGAUGAAGCUGAGGUAACCAAAACAGUUUCUGCUGCAGACUCUAGGCCCAAAUACUUUGGUGUUGAAGAAACUCAUGAAAUUGGGGAAAGUUUAAGAGUUGAAAAGCUGGAUUCAGAAGGAAAUGAGGAAGGAGUCAAAGAAUCUUCUGUGACAGUGUUUAAAUCUGAAUCUCUGGGCAUUGAAACGGUUACCAAAGAUGUAAUGACUCCUGAUCAGACUCUCCCUGCAGUGAUUCUGGAAGAUCACUUUCAAAUAGCAUCUUCUGAAUUGCAUUCUUUGGGACAAGAGCAUGGACCUACAACUGCAUUUACGGACACAGAAGCAAUCAAGACAACAAAAGUGAAGAUGCUUGAUGAUGAGACAUGCCUGCAAGAGGAAGUAAGUGAAAGUCUGAAAAGUACAGAUACAAAUGAAGUUGAGGAAACCAAAACAGCUUCUGGUACUGUUUUCGAGUCCAAAUAUCAAACUGAUGAAACUGGGGAGAGACUAACAGUGGAGAAGCUCGAUGCAGCUGAGGGUAAAGAAACCAAAGGAACUUCAGAAACAUCAUCUAACUCUAAAGCUCUAUGUGUUGAAGCAGAUAGCAAAGAUGAAGUCAUUGCUGGUCAGACACUCGCUGCAGGGAAGUUGGGAGAGCAACUUCAAACUCUAUCUUCUUCAUUUCUUUCCAGGGAACAGGAGCACAGACCCACAACCGCAGCCGAGAGGACAGAAGAAGAGGAAAUGGAGGAAGCUAAAAUAAUAGGUGAUGAGAGUAUUGACAAUUCUUCUGCUGCAAAGACAACAGAAGGAACAUGCUUAAAAAUGAAAGAACAUGUGGAGCUCGAGGUAUCCACACUGGGGCUUGAAAGCAGUAAGGCCACACAUAAUGGCAGCUCAAAUGAAAUACAGGAGGAAGAAGGCAGCAAGCUAGAUCAAGCUUCAAAACUAGAUUCUCAUGAGAAAGAAGAGAUGAAAUAUGAUGAUUCUCCAUCAGGAGUCCAGAGUCCUCUAGUACUCCCAAAAUCAGAAGAUAUGAAAGAAAAGCAUCUUGAGGCAGCAAUGAGUGACUUGAAUGCUGAAGAGAAUUGGUGCAAGGAAACAGUUGAGGAAAAUCAAAUAUUCAAGAACCAAAUUUCUAUGGAAGAGGUCAGAGAGGUCAUGGAGGAAAAGGAAGUUGCUAAGGAUUCUCAAUCAGUUUCUCCGGCUGAAGAAACAAUUAUAGAGAGCCAUCAAGGAGAUGAACUAAAAGCAGAAGAGUGUCCUGAAGAGGAGACAAACAAAACUUUUAAAGCCACAACGAAAGCAAAUCAGCAUGAAGCACUCAAGUUGCCUGAACUAAUUGACAAGGACAGUGCAAACGAGAACAUUGAAAAGAAGAUUACAGCAGAAGAGAGCAGCUAUCUGGAUGAAGCAGAGGGGAAGAACAUUGAGAAGGCAGUAAGUGAGCAGGACCUUGAUUAUAAGAGUGGUGAAACACGCAUCACAAAGGAGAAAACAGAAGUCAUUACACUCGGUGAAAAGGAAACGGGUGUAGAGAUAUCACAGAAGGAAGGCACUGCAGGUUUUUCAGAAGUCAACGAAAUCACUGAAGACAUUCAGCAGCUGGAGAAUUAUGCAGUAUCUGAAAUAAAGAUUCCAGGAGAAGAAGAGCCCAGUGAGAACAAAGAGGCAGCGUUUAUAACAGACAAUGAAGAUGUUCUACCAGUGCUACAGCAUCCAAGUGACAAAGCCUUGCAGGAGGUUGAGCUAGAACAUGAAAGACCUGGAAAAGCUACUGAGGUUGAUGCAGAAGAGAGAGGGAUUGAAUGUGAAGGAGAAAAAAGAAUGGGGGCUUCAGGUGAAAUAAACAAGGAGUCUGCAUCAGUGGAUUCAGCUAAGAUGUCAUUAUCUGGCCUCAUGCAGAGAUCCAUGAAAAAAAAAUUGCAAGAAGCUAAGAACUUGACAAAGGAGAGAGAACCAAUGCCCAGCAAAGCAGAAAUACAAAAUGAAGAGGCAGAAACGACUCAAAUUGACAAAGCAAGAGCAGACGAAGAGGAAGGAGAUGAACACAAAAGAUCAGAACCAGAUUCUGAUGCUCCAGUCAUGGUAGAAGCCUCUAAAGAUACCUAUGCUAAGGUUCCUCACAAGAAAUCUCAUAAUAUCCUAUCAGGUGUUGGAUCAAAGGUCAAGCAUUCACUUUCGAAGGUGAAGAAAGCCAUUACCGGCAAGUCUUCCCAUCCAAAGACAUCAUCACCGAAAUAAUAUAAGAAAGCAGAUGACUCCAUCAGUUGCAAAAAUUCAGAUGCAGAGACAGUUAUGUAAGAAGGGCUUGUUGUUAGUUUGAAGUUUUGAAAUUGUUACAGAAUUUUGAGUGUGGUGUGUAUUUGUACAGCUUGAAUAAGUUCGGACUCAUUAUUUGUGAAGAGUCAAGCGAACAAUGGCAUGAUUGUUAUUGUACAGCCAACCUCCAUAUUGUAAAACAUAUUCUGCUCAGACAAGUAUCAAGAUGUCAUAAUAUAAAUCAAAGUGAUUAUUUGCUUGAA